CUGCUCAGAUUAUUCAACAAACAAUUACAAAAAUCUGUACCAAAGCACAAGCUCACAAAGCAACAGAGAACCAAUUAGCUGAUCUGUUUCAAAUAUCAAAUUCAGCUAUAUACAGCAACUAUCCUUCAGAUAUUCUAUUAGGAAUUAUUCCAGAAGCUCAAACAACUACAAUUAACCAACUACUUAAAGCAGCCUAA